AUGACGUCGUCCACGAAGCCGCGCACGAUCUACCAAAAGAUCUUUGAUUCGCAUCUGAUCUCGGAGGAGGAAGAUGGUACUUGUCUCAUUUACAUUGACCGCCAUUUGGUCCACGAAGUGACCUCGCCGCAGGCGUUUGAGGGUCUGCGUAUGGCCGGUCGUCCGGUGCGUCGUCCGGACUGCACGCUGGCCACCGUGGACCACAACAUCCCGACGAUCAGCCGUAAGACGUACACGGACACCAAGUCGUUCGUGCAGGAGCCGGACUCGCGUCUGCAGUGUGUGACGCUGGAGCAGAACGUGAAGGAGUUUGGUCUUACGUUCUUUGGCCUGACGGAUGCGCGUCAGGGAAUCGUGCACGUUAUCGGCCCUGAACAGGGUUUCACCGUGCCCGGUGCGACGCUGGUAUGUGGUGACUCGCACACAAGUACGCAUGGUGCGUUUGGUGUGCUGGCGUUCGGUAUCGGUACGUCGGAAGUCGAGCAUGUGCUUGCCACACAGACGCUGCUGCAGAAGCGUAUGAAGAACAUUCUUAUUGACGUCAAUGGCGAGCUGCCGGAAGGUGUGACCAGCAAGGACAUCAUCCUGCAUGUCAUUGGUCUCAUUGGCACAGCGGGUGGCACUGGCGGUGUGCUUGAAUUCGCCGGCUCGACGAUCCGUGGCCUCUCGAUGGAGGCGCGUAUGAGUAUGUGCAACAUGGCCAUUGAGGCAGGUGCGCGUGCCGGUCUCAUUGCGCCUGACCAGAAGACCCUGGACUACUUGAAGGGCCGUCCUCUCGUGCCGCAGGGCGAGGAUUGGGAUCGCGCUGCGAAGUACUGGCUCUCGCUCGCCAGCGACGAGGGCGCGCAGUACGACAAGGUCGUGCGCAUCGAUGCGAAGGACAUUCCCCCCACUGUGACGUGGGGUACCAGCCCGCAGGACACAGUGCCGAUCACCGGUACCGUCCCGGACCCCAAGAACGCCCCGAGCGAGGAGCUGGCGAACGAGUGGGAGCAUGCACUGAAGUACAUGGGCCUGGAGCCCAAUGUGCCGGUAGAGCAAAUCAAAAUCGACAAGGUAUUCAUUGGCUCGUGCACCAACUCGCGUAUUGAGGACCUGCGUGCGGCGGCGCGUGUGCUGCAUGGCCGCAAGGUCGCGCCGCAUGUCCAGGCGAUGCUGGUGCCUGGCUCGGGUCUGGUGAAAAAGCAGGCGGAGGCGGAAGGUCUCGAUACUGUAUUCAAGGCGGCCGGCUUUGACUGGCGUGAGGCGGGCUGCUCGAUGUGCCUUGGUAUGAACCCGGAUCAGCUGUCGCCAGGCGAGCGCUGCGCCUCGACGUCAAACCGCAACUUUGAGGGUCGUCAGGGUGCUGGUGGUCGUACGCACCUCAUGAGCCCGGCGAUGGCCGCAGCCGCAGCGGUGACGGGCUACCUGACCGACGUGCGCAAGCUGAAUGCUGGCUCGCUUCCAGGCUUUGCCGCUUCGGAGGCUGGCUUUGAGAUUGCUAAGCAGGAUGCGCUGCAGUUUGUCGAGCAGGGUGCGGUGCGUGCGCCUGCCGAGUCCGCGCCGCCUGUGCACACAUCGCACGCGGAGACCUCCAAGGCCUCGGCGCAGGCGAAGCCUGCGGCGGGCGCGCAGGGUAUGGAGCCGUUCCGGGUGCUGAAGGGCAUUGCUGCGCCGAUGGAGCGCUCGAAUGUGAACACGGAUGUGAUCAUCCCGAAGCAGUUUCUCAAGACGAUCAAGCGUACGGGUCUGGGCUCGGCGUUGUUCUGGCCGCUGCGGUACGAUGUGCAAACAGGUGAGCCGAUUGCGGACUUUGUGCUCAACCAGAAGCCGUACGACCAUGCGAAGAUUCUUGUCGUGGCUGGCAGCAACUUUGGCUGUGGCUCGUCGCGUGAGCAUGCGCCAUGGUCGCUGCUCGACUUUGGCAUUCGCGCCGUCAUUGCGGAGAGCUUUGCGGAUAUCUUCCGCAACAAUAUGACGAAGAACGGCCAGCUGCCUGUGAUCCUCAAGCCGGAGGAAAUCCAGCGUGUGCUCCAGGACGCGCAGGCCGGCAAGGAAGUCACGGUGGAUCUCGAGCAGCAAAAGGUCAUUUGCGAGGACGGCACAGCGUUCAGCUUCGACGUCGCGCCGUUCACGCGUCACUGCCUGCUCAACGGCUUGGACGAUAUUGCGCUCACGCUGCAGAAAGAGGCGGAGAUUCGCGCCUUCGAAAAGGGCCGCGUCGAUACCCCGUGGCUCAACGGUGUGGUCUACGGCAAGGGCAUUUCCGCGGCGGAGGCUCGCAUGGCCAAGCCGACCACGGACUGGUAG